AUGUCCUCGGGAAAAUACAAGGAGCUCGACCAGACGCUCUCGGACUCCGAAACAGACGUGGCGCCGUUGCCAAAACCCUCGUUGCCCACUGAGACGGCCUCAUCUUCUGAAUCCUCUCUUGUAAGGGAGUACGAGGACGCCGAGCAGCCUUCCGAAACGCUCUUCGUGCAAUCUGCCGCUGAAGGGUCGUCUGCUAAUCUCAGAGAUGGCAACAUUGGCAAUGAUGAAAAUGUGCAAAGUAUGUCUCCAGGGAGCUUGGAGGAGCAGAGACUGCCGGCGCCUGGGAGGUUGUCGCCGUCACAGCGGCUCUUGAACGUGAUACACUACCUAUUCCCCGUGAAGCAAACAUACCAGCGGCUCAACAACGGCAUCACCACAGGCCGGCUUCAGGCAAAUGUUCCCGGUCGUUUUGUCGGACAGGGAACAGAUGGGGUGUUCAGAAACCUUAUGGCGAAGCCGGAUACGCAGGCGGAGAUCAACACCCAAGAACAGAAUCCUCCCAGCUACGAUGAGGCCGCCGCAGAUAGCACGCCAGAGUAUUGGGAAACCACCAUGAUCAGCCCGAUGUACGAUAACGAGGUGUUUGUCCAGGGCCUACCUGUGGGUAACUUGGCCAACUUCGUGUGGAAUGCGCUAGUUACCGUUGCCUUCCAGCUUGUGGGCUUUAUACUAUGCUACCUUCUUCAUACAUCGCAUGCUGCCAAACAGGGCACACGAGCGGGCUUGGGAAUAAUGAUUCUCAUGUUCGGCUAUGAUAAACUCCCUUCGAACUUUGGCAGGGCCGACAAGAUUCCUGUCAGAUACGAGCCGGAGGAUCCCAACAUGAUUGAUGUCACCAAGUCACUGUCCAUCAAAGCUGGCAGCAAGAUUGACGAGUACCAUCUGUCCCUUUUCAACAAGAACGAUUUCCCUGUGUUGGAGAACACAAAGACCCCUUACUUUGCAUAUGGGCUCAUUGCUUUUGGCAUAUUUAUCAUGCUCAAAGCCCUGGUUGACUACUACAAGGUGAAGCAGAAGGAAAAACGCAUCUUGGCUCCUCAAGCGCAGACGGAAGUCAACUCCACUACUGAGCAAGUUGGCCCCACUGACGAGGCAUACGAGGCUCGUUUGACUGCCGAGAGCUGA